CUUUUUUCUCGAGCAAGCGAGCCUUCCUAACGAGGCGUGCAUAGAGAAUUAGCAUAGGCGGGAAGAUACAUCAUAGCCAAGCCUGGUAACAUUUCUGGUAUGGCCGUGCCUGAAGCAGGUUCGGGCAAAGACGCGAGGUCUCUGCGAGGCACGGCAGAGGCUAAGAGACUGGACGCCGAGAAUGCUCGCGUUGAGGCAGAAAAGGCGCGAAAUGUGGCGGAGGAGAGGCGGGUAAAGGCGGAGAAAGCGCGUGCUGAGGCUGAAGGUAAACAGCGGGAGGCGGAGGAGAAGCAGAGGGAGGCGGAAGUGAGGCAGGGGGAGGCGGAGAGGGCGAAGGCUGGGGCGGAUGCCAGGCAGGCGGAAGCGGCGAAUGCUCGUGCCGAAGCAGAAAGAAAGGGACGAGAAGCCGAGUUGAGGAAAGAGGAGGCAGCCGAAGCUAAGAAGCGGGCGAAUGCAGCCAAGGAAGCCGCGGUGAGAGCGAGGGAGGAGGCAGAUGCGAAGCGAGAGCAGGCCGAGCAGGUUAAAGCAAAGGCUGCUGCUAAGAGAGAGGAGGCCGAGAAUGCCAAGGCAGAGGCUGACAAGAAGCAGGCUGAGGCUGAGAAGGGAAGGGCACACGCAGAGGCGGAGAGAGAGGAGGCUGUGAGGAAGAGAGAGGCGGCAGAGAAGGCCAGGGAGGAGGCAGAACGGGCGAGGGAGCAGGCAGAGCGGGCGAAGGAAGAGGCAGAGAAAGCUCAGAAUAAUCUGGCAUUACUGCGAGAGGCGGCUAAGGCGCGGGCUGAGGCUGAGAGGGUAGAGCUGGAAAGGAAGAAGGAAGAGGCAGAGAAUGCGCGAAAGGCGGCAGAGGCGCAGAGAGAGGAGGCUGAAGAGAAGAGGAAGCGGGCUGAGAAGGCGAAGGAGGAGGCGGAGCGUAGGAGGGGCGAGGCGGAAAAGGCGAAGGAAGAGGCUGCUAAGGCGAGAAUGAGUGCUGGGAGCGCGAGAGAGGAGGCUGAGAGGAAGCAGCUGGAGGCGGAGAGGUUGAGGGAGGCGGCUGAGAAGGGGAGGUUGAUUGCAGAGGAGGCAAGGGCAGAGGCAGAGAAGGCGGCCCAUGCGUUGGAGGAGACGAAGAAGGCUCUCAAGAGCUGAAGAUAUCUGCCCAAGUGAUGUGGAUGUUAGGCCUUGCUGAUCAGAAAUCAGUAUAGCUUGCAUUUACUGAACGCCUUGUUUCGUUUUGUCUCAUAAGUGACUGUUCGCUAGCUUCUUGCUUAAUAAUAAAGGGUUUGUAGU